GCACCAGCAGCCAAAGGGGCUGCACGGAAGCUGGGAAAGGAAAGGACGAAAUCAGCUGCGGUUCAGUAAAUGUACCAGUGAUCAAUUAUCCGGUGCCCUAACUGGCCGGGUUCAGUAAAUGUAGACUCCAUUUAGCAUAAAAACCGUCGGUUCAAUAACAGUCAAAACCCCUGUCUGCAAAUUUUGGUGGAAGCAAAUGGGGGCGGAGGCGAAUUCCGCAGAAGUCACUCCACCUGAAACCACCAACUCCGAUGACGUUGACGCCAUGCUUGAGGCUGCUAGGUAUGAUGAUAUUGAUGAUUUGAGAAGCCUAGCUUCUGCUGGUACUUCUCUUGAUUCCAAGGAUUCACAUGGACGAACAGCACUUCAUAUGGCUUCAGCUAAUGGGCAUCUUGACAUUGUAGAGUAUCUUGUUCACCAUAGAGUGGAUAUCAAUGCUGUUAACGUUGAGCAUAAUACUCCUCUUCAUUGGGCUUGCCUAAAUGGGCACAUUGAGGUUGUCAAGUGCUUAAUUCUCGCAGGAGCCAAUGUCUCUGCUCUGAACAGCCAUGAGAGGACACCCGUGGACGAAGCAGUUACUGGAGGAAAGAUGGACGUCGUUGAUGCCAUUAAUGAAGCUAUGGCCCAAACUGAACUCACAGCCACUCAGGUUUCCUGAUUGAAAUAGUAAAAUGGCAUAUGCUAUGUAGUAUAUUAAACACACACUUUCGCUUUAUCCCUUGUUAGGUACGCUUACGUUUUCUGCAUGUCCUAGUUCACAAGGUGGUGUGGCAUUUAGUUAAAGAAUGGUAACCAUUUUGUAUGAGAUAUUUGAUCAGUAGUGUUAAAAGAGAGAAGGGAAAACAGAAAAACAGAGAGAAACAGAGAAUUUA